GCCGGGGGUAUAAAAGCGCGGCGUGGCCGGCCCUACUUCCUUUCUGUGUCAGUGCGUGGAGGGAGCGUCAUGGCGCCGCAAAAGGAUAGAAAAUCYAAAAAGUCGACCUGGAAGUUUUGCCUUGACCUUACGCAUCCUGUGGAAGAUGGAAUCUUUGAUUCUGGGAAUUUUGAACAGUUCCUAAAGGAGAAGGUUAAGGUCAAUGGGAAAACUGGAAAUUUGAGCAACACCGUUCACAUUGAACGCUUAAAGAACAAGAUCACAGUGACGUCUGAGAAGCAGUUUUCUAAAAGGUACCUGAAAUACCUCACCAAGAAGUACCUCAAGAAGAACAACCUGCGGGACUGGCUCCGCGUUGUUGCGUCCGACAAGGAGACGUACGAGCUGCGCUACUUCCAGAUCAGCCAGGAUGAGGAAGGAUCAGAGUCUGAGGAAUAACUGAACCUUGGCUUCAUGCUCAAUACAGAGUACAAAAGACUACAACAUCUAUUUAUAAGAACAUUUUAACUUAUUGGUGAAUAAAGAUUUUGUACCCUGUUGGACAGAG